AUGUCAUUAUUCAAAUUUAUUGACUGGUAUCGUAAUGAAUUCCCAAAUGCUUCGUGCAUGGUUACGGGGGAGCUGACGUUGGGGAGAGAACAAUUAUGCAUCGGAACCGAGCAGGGAACAAUCAUUGUCGUUGAUCCGGGUGGUCAUGAGGGAAAAGUGGGCGAAUCGACGAUUAUUCAGCACAAUUUGAAUAACCCAAUUAUACAGCUUGAAAUCGGAAAGUUUGUUACCGCAAUUGACAAGCGUCUGCUAGCAGUUUUAUGUCCACACCAUCUACUGUUAUUUCGAGUCGUAACAACAACUCCAAAUCAAAACUCGAAACUGGAAGAAGUCUACACGCACGCUUUGAAAGAACCUUCCUACAAUAUGUGCGCGGUACCGACAAAAACACCACAAAUAUUCGUGCAAGGAUUAAGUUGUGGGUUGACGCUAUUUCAGGGAGAAGAAUGCGUUUUCCAAAGAACGCCCCUACCCGCUUUACACCCAGGUCCGAUUGUGUACUCACAACUGUCGGAUUCCCUAAUUUUAACUAAUGCUGGAAAGGUCAGCUCCGUUAAAUUCAGUUUGUUGGCUAGUGUGAGCAACACAGGAAAGAAAAUUACGUUCGAUUGGACGAUAAAUAUGGGCGAUGUGGUCAUCGAUUUAGAUGUGGCGGAUUGGAAUACUGUACAGCCGUCCUUAGUUGUCCUUUGUCGCCGCAAAAUCAUCGUGCUCACAGUUGGAGGGAACAUUCGAUACUUUGUAAACCUGGAGGGGAUCGCCAUGUCGAUGAUGGUAUAUUUAAACAAUACGCCCGGAAACAAAUCCACGAUCCAUACAGUCGUUGGGACGGCGAACGAUACCGUGCUCAUCUACUCGGACAACGUAUUGAUUUGGAAUUUUAAGGCCCCGUUUUCUCCCACUCGGAUACGAUUGAGCCAUUAUGGCGAUCAAUACCAACAUCUACUAUCUAUGAUGUCAUCAAAGGGUGAAGUAAGCGCAGGCUAUAUCGGCACCGAGCCAACUCUCCAUCGUCUCCCACUACCCCCUGCUCGAUUUGUCAAUUUUGAUGCAAAAGCACAAGAAUUGAACAUGAUGGAAACGGCGCUGAAGGGGAACACGGCUGCUCAGCAAGUUCAGAAUACCGCCCUGGAGUUGAAGGUGGAUUGGGGUGAGCUGGACCGGCAUUCGAGAGCCUAUAACGUAAAUGGUGAAGUCCCGUCACUAACCUUAGCCCUGCAAUGCUCUGGCUCGGGCUUCAUCCCUGGGGAAUAUCAAAUUAACCUACGAUCAGAGCUGGCAAUGCAGCAAGAUCACUUCACAUUGGAAUCCGAAGAAUUCCCAUUAUCCAUCAGCCUCUUUGUAAAUCCCGAAGCAUGGCCGACAAGUCGCGAUUUGCAUAUUUCCGUCCAUAAUACAAGGACUCAAGCAACCGCAUUGUCUACGCUUCAACUACCGCUUCCCCUCCUCUUCGCAACUUGCAAUGCCGAAAGAACGGCACAAUACAAGCUGACAAUCGAUACCGACCGACCUCUAGUUCCGAUAGGGAAACUAUUCCCGGAAAUGAACUCGGAUAACCCGGGAGCUAUUGGCCUACAGGUCCACAGCACCAAAGCUUCAGUUUCUGUUUUUGCAGCUCCCAAAACAAAUCGAUAUCGCAUCCAAUCCGACCAUCCGGGAUUACUGUAUAUGACCGCGCAGCUCGUUACUGAGCGAUUAAGAGAGCAGCAGAGUGGUGUAAACCUCUCAGCACCAAUCCCUCUAGAAUAUUUGGUUUCAAAAUUCGAGGAAUGUUUAGAGUCUGAAAAGCAAUACAUUGAAGAAAAGAAAAUCAUCGAUAAAAAAAUGCGUGAGGUUCGCGCGAUCAACGCGCUACUCGUGGCCAAGACAAAAACGACAAGAGCGGAGCCGAAAUCACACGUUGAUGUUCUUUUUGCUGCAUCGCAUGACAAACUCCUGGAUAUGCUAGAUCAACAUAUAAAUGCCCAGAAAAAGAUAAAUCUCCUAAAAAGAACGAUUUCCUCGCUUUUGGGCUUGUUGGGUUUGUUAUUAAAGCUGAACAACAUCGACAAUCAUAUUACUGCUCACAUUUUUACGGAUACUUCCCAGAGCAUAAAGGAACGCCUGGCUUGGGCUUCGAACAGUUCGGAUACGGAUGUUGGCCGAUUGCUAAAUGCCCUAUGCAAUAAUGCGACCAAACAACUCUCAAAAAUUACCGAAGAGGAGGAAGACGAUGGGGAAUACGAGGAACCAGUCGAUGAAAACAAAAACGACUUCGUUCUUGGGUCUCACUCUGUUGCCACAGCUGCUCAGCCUAUCGUCAAAAUUUUUGAAGCCCCCGAUGAGGACGUUGAC